GGGAGAAAAACGGAAAACCCAGUGGAACACCAGUGACGGACGACGCCAGGAUAGCGGCCACGGGCUCGAAGCGAGGGCAACCCGGCUCUUGUCCCAAGAAAGGAAUCCGCUCCCCACUGCCCUCCACGGUGGCGCAUCGCCGGCGGGGCUGCACGUUGAGCCCCAACUUUUCCAGGAGCUGACGCUCUGCAGAAUUGGCCUGAUGGAGCAAAGGCACUCAGCGCAGUUCAGUACAAGAAGGAAACAAUGCGACCAGCAUGCAAACAGCACGGAUCGUACUGGAAACUUGACACAGCACCAGAGAACACACACAGGAGAGAAACCCUUAGAGUGCUGUGUGUGUGGGAAGGCAUUUUCAGAUGCAUCUACUCUUAAACAACACCACAGAACACACGUAGAUAAACCUUUUAAGUGCACUCUGUGUGGGAAGGCGUUUGCAAAGUCAUCAAAUCUUAAGACCCACCAGAGAACACACAGGAAAGAAACCUUUCAAGUGCACUGUGUGUGAGAAGGCGUUUGCACAGUCAUCACAUCUUCAAAGACACCAGAGAACACACACAGGAGAGAAACCCUUCAAGUGCACUGUGUGUGAGAAGGCAUUUUCAUGGUCGUCAUAUCUUAAGACCCACCAAAGAACACACACA